AUGGCUAAUAAUAUAAGAGAUUCUGGGAGGGCAAGAGGAAGGCCAUUUAAACCAAGAGAGCCCUACACACAGCGUUUGCGUAAAAUUCUUGAAGAAUAUCCUGAUGGUUCACAAAUCCUUCGUGAGAUCCUUCAAAAUUCUGACGAUGCAAAGAGCUCCCAUCAAAUUUUUAUUUUGGAUCAUAAUACCUAUUCGUCAAAUAAAUUAUUCGAACCGGAAUUGAACGGUUAUAGCAGAACAAAUUUGAAACUUGACAGAUAUCAAGGUCCCGCAUUAUUGGCAUUAAAUAAUACUAUUUUUGAGGAAAGGGAUUUUCAAUCAUUGUUGAAAUUGGCUGAUAGUGAAAAACGAGAUCAAUUCGAUAAAAUCGGAGUAAUGGGAGUCGGUUUCAAUUCAAUUUAUCAUAUUACCGAUUCCCCUUCCUUCAUUACCGGUGAUAAAUACGUUAUUCUUGAUCCGCAUGAAUGGUACUUUAGUGGUGGCGUUCAAUUCGACUUUGUCGAUGAUAAUUUGGCUCAAAUGUAUCCCGAUCAGUUUGCUCCUUUUGUAAUACCUUCAGUUAAUAUCUCGUAUAACAGAACAUAUGAGGGAACCAUAUUUCGAUAUCCUCUCCGUACAAAACAAGAUUCUAUUGAUUCGGAUAUCUCUAAAAAAGUUUAUAGCCCUCAAGAAAUCUUAGAUACCUUUUAUAAUUUUUACAAAAACGAAAGUACUAAUAGUAUAUUAUUUUUAAAAUAUAUUGAGAAAAUUACUUUUUUUGAAUUAAAACAAGGCGCUGCUGAACCAAACUUUCUAUUUACAAUUGAACUGACCAAUGCUAAUGAAGUACGAGAGCAACGUCGUCUGAUAGCGGAGAAUAUUGUACCAAUGAUGAAUUCAUUAACAUCAAAAGAACAAAGCAAAAAAGAAUUAGUGACAUCUUAUGUCGCAUCAUUCGGUCGUCAAAGAGGGAAUUCCGACAUUCCCGACGAGAACUGUUCAUGGCUGAUUUUGAAUUAUCUUGAUGACUUGCAAGAAACCGAAAAACAUUUUAAAAACAAGUUCGAAAAAAACAUAGCGGACUAUAAGUUUGUCCCAAACGUCGGCUUGGCCGUUAAUUUGAAUGAUUUGAAUGCUGUGGGAAGAUUAUUUUGCUUCUUACCCCUUCCAAUUUCCAUGCCUUUUUCAAUUUCUGUGAAUGGAUAUUUCGCGGUUAGUACCAACCGACGUUCUUUAUGGACUGUUGCAGAUAACGAAGAUCUGGCGGCUGAUGCCAUAGCACGUCUAAAAGUUUCGUGGAAUCAAUAUUUAUUCGAAAAUGUCCUACCCAAAGCUUGGGUAAGAUUUCUUCGCGAGCUACCGUUUAAAGUUCCUAAAAUUCAAUCCGGUGAUAUGUAUAAAUUUUGGCCAAUAUGUACGCAUGAUACGGGUAGCAUGAGUAAUUUUUGCAAGGAUUUAUUAAAAAACGUUAUAGAAAAUCUUGAUGUUAAGGAUAAAGUAUUCGAAGGACCUUCUUUAACAAACUCAUCCGUAUUCGAAGGAUCCGAAUUUUAUUGGUUAUCACUUUCAAACGGCUUUUUUGAUGGGUCGUCUAACGAUGUGUCUAAAAUAAUUCAAAAGAUUGGGUUUCCCGUAAUAUCAACUCCCCUUACUCAUCAUAGCAUAAUCGAAUUCAUAAAAACAUCCAAACUUGAGCAUUCCCUUACAUUGCUUUCACCUUAUAAUGUUCGGGAUUAUUUAAAAAAAAAUAUUGAUCGAUGGCAAGAUAAAAUGUCAAGGUCGGACGUUUUACAAGUAUUUAAGUACGUAUUCACGGACAAAAAUUUUGACAAAUUGGAAGGAUUUAAAAUUAUCCCACUCGCAAAUGAGACGCUGGGUACUUUGACAAAAUACAGCGAUUCCUAUAUAUAUAUUGGUCCAAACGAUAACAGCACUGUAAAUAAAAAUGACGAAUUUUAUGUUUUCAAGGAUCAUUUGAACAGAUUCAUAGAUAAGAACAUUGAUCCAGGAUUAUAUAAAAGCUUUUACAGCAUGACAGCUUCCACAUGGAAUCUGAACAUUAAAGUUUUAGAUGCAUUGGAUGUCAUCGAGAUGAUCAAAUUCACGCUGAAAUCCGAAAAUGUAGAUUCCGAAGAGAUGCAAAUUUCAAAGCAUUAUGCAUGGAUUCAUAAAUUAUGGGAAAACCUAAAUUACAGGCGAUGGGAUUUGAAAGAGUUUGAAAACGUUCAUUUAAUCCCAACGAGUCGUAAUACUCUUAGAAAGCUAAAAACUCCGAAAAAAGUCUUUUUAAAUCAUUCGACUACAUAUCUGAAAACGAUAUUCGAAAAAUUUGGUGCGGUUUUCGUGGAAAGUAGAUUUGAAAAGACUGCCGAAUUUCCCGAAUUAUCUCCAUACAUUAUUAAGCCUGAUAAUAUGAUAUUAGUAUUAAAAUCUUUCCAAGCCGAUACAUCAUAUCCAAAUAACUUGAAUCACAAACUACAGGUUCAUGAAGCAACGGCGCUCCUUGAUCAUUUAUCUAAUUAUUUCCGAGUUAAUUAUAAGAAUAGACACUUGUCAAAAUUUGAAGAAGUUAAUGAAGUUAUUGAAGUUAUUAAACACCUACCGAUUUUUACCGAAGUUGAUAAUACUUCCAAAAUUUCAUUAUUACCUGAUUUAUCCGAAAAUGAGACAAAGUGGUUCCUUCUUCCUCUGUAUGAAGAAAACUCAUAUGGUAGAAUUAUCUGUCCGAGUGAUAAGGGAAGGUUUCUUAAUUCAAGUUCACAAAAUUUACGUUAUAUACUGGAAGAUAUGAUCAAGAUUCCUCGAUUGGAUUCAGAUGACUAUUGGCUAAAUUAUGUAAUACCAUUUCUCGAAUCACAGCGACCAGCGGUCAGAGAUGUUGUAAUUGACAAACUUUUUGAACAUGAUAAUUUGAAAUCUUCACUUAUGAAUAUUUCUUUCGUACCCAUUGGCACAUUUGGAAUGUCGAAGAAUCUUCAAUUGCCUAUCAACGUAAGGUUAGUUAAACCGUCAGAUCUAUUUGAUCCCGAAGAGAAGGCAUUAGUUGAUCUGUUUUUUGAAGAUGAACAAUUCUUUCCCACCGGAAAUUAUGGGAUUUCCAAAGAAUUGCCUUCAAAGAAGUUUCUCUUAAAUCUGAGAUUAUUAGGAAUGAAAUCAAUCCUUUCUUCGAAUGAUGUAGUUUCGCGUAUUCAAACUAUCGUAGCGCGAAAGCAAGGUUCUAAGUUUCAUGUAAAUUCAAUUCGUAUCCACGCACUUAAACUUUUCAAGUAUUUAGAUGACAAUUGGAGCAAAUUAACCGAAAAUGAUGAUCAAGAGUUCUUGAAUGCCAUUUUAGAAAACGAAUGGAUCCCAACCAUCGACAAAUCUGGGAACGAGAUCUUCUCGAAGCCUCAAGAUUGUUAUUGUCAAAAAGUUAAAUAUUUG